AAACGUCCCACUGAGUUUUCGUUAUUCAUUCGCGAUGAGGUUGCAUACGUUCGUGCGCUACAUUCUGUUGGUGUGUUGUUUUUGGCUUGCUGUUGUCUUUGUGACGUUUAUUAACACAUUAGGUAGAUAUGAGGAAGCGCAAGGGACCAAGCAUGACCAGAUUCGUUUGGAGGAAACGAUGGCGCAACUUUUAACCAAAAAUAGGACUUUGUUAAUGCGAGCGGUUGAGUUAGCUGGACUUGGGGAAUUUCAUGAUGAUCGUGGUUUUCAGCAUCAUAAUCAUCCCCCGAAUGACCCGUGGAAUGACCCAAAUUCAAGAGGCUAUGGUGGACAGGGUGUUAUCAUUGAUCCACAGAAUUUAUCUCCCGUGGAAAAGGCCCUGUACGACAGGGGCUAUCAGGAUCACAACUUCAACGAGUUCGCCAGCGAUCUCAUCCCGCUCCGAAGGAGACUGAUUAAUAUAACAGAGCCUGAGUGCCUGGCGAGACAAUACGACUAUAGGAAGCUCCCAACUGCUGGUGUUGUCGUCAUAUUCCAUAACGAGGCUUGGAGUCCGCUCCUGCGCACUGUGCAUAGUAUUCUUGAUAACACUGCACCGGAGCUCUUAACAGAGAUUGUUUUAGUGGAUGACGCAUCAGAUAAAGUCCAUCUCGGCCACCCUCUGUCAGACUAUAUCCAGCGACUGGACAAGGUAAAGCUGGUCAGGUACACAGAGCGGGUUGGACUUAUGACGGCUCGCAACGCUGGCUGUGACGAGGUGACUGGAGAGGUGUGCGCCUUCCUCGACGCUCACUGUGAAGUACCGGAGAUGUGGUUGGAGCCUCUGCUUGACCGGAUCCGCCAGAACGACAAACUGUUGGCCAUCCCCACCACCGACUCCAUCAACGCGGACACGUUCGAGUACUGGAAGAGCGACCCGACGACGAUGUUCAAGGGCGGAGUGGACUUGGACCUGUAUUUCGCCUGGAUACCACUCACAAAGGCAGAGGCGGAGAGGGGCAGCGUCUUCGACCCAGUCAAAUCCCCGACGCAUUUAGGAUGUUGUUUUGCUAUGUCCAAGGCAAAUUUUAAUCGUCUCGGAAAAUAUGACCCAGGGCUCAGAAUAUGGGGUUGUGAAAAUCAAGAGUUGUCAUUUAAAACGUGGAUGUGUGGGGGCGAGAUGGAGAUUAUCCCCUGUUCUCACGUGGGUCACAUGUUCCGCAACAUGCCCCCCUGGUCCUGGGGGAAAGGGGGGGACGCUGACCGUCUCCACAAGAACUGUCUCCGUGUCUCCGAGGUGUGGAUGGACGAAUACAAGACCCUGCAUCACGAACGCAUCUACAACAGACAGAUAGACUUUGGCGAUGUGUCCGAACGGAAAGCCCUGAGGAAGAACCUGAAGUGUCGAUCCUUCGACUGGUACGUGAAGAACGUCUACCCAGAGUUGUACAUCUUCACCGGGGGAUCCGCUAUCGGCAGGAUUUCAAAUGUGGCAGUUCCGGAGCGGUGUGUUCAGACCCCGAUACACCACAUGGACUUCGGCAGGCACGUCGCAACGGAUGUCUGCACCCACUACAGCCUCAUACAGCAUUUCACGCUAACCAAAGAAUCAACAAUACGACGGGAUGACGGUUGCCUUGACUUCGACAGUAUGCAAAGCCUCGUUGUGACAUCCUGCGCAGACGCACAAGGAUGGAAAUACACGGCGGAAGACACACUGGUUCAUGGGAAAUCUGGUCGCUGUCUGGAGCUUGCAGCUGAUGACAUGACACUGCUUGUAUCAAUUUGUUCUGGAAGCUCCCGGCAGCGUUGGUCUUGGGAGAGGCGAGCAGCGGAGCUUGGACCCCUUGAGGACGAGAUGCCUGAACGUGACGAACAGUAGUGCCUGAACGUGACGAACAGUAGUGCCUGAACGUGACGAACAGUAGUGCCUGAACGUGACGAACAGUAGUGCAUGGAACGUGUGUCUGAUGUGAGCGAGUGACGUGUCUUCGUGAGUUAGGAGAGAUAUGACGCCGCUUUGAACAGUAUAACCGUUGUAUCACGGCGUGUCUGCUUGAUGUGAGAGUAAGUCCAUAGUGGCCCCAUGUGAAAGUUUGCAGACAAUACGAGGCUGCCAGGAUCAUUCUGCACUUGUUGAAAGUUUUUACAGAAGAAAAUCAAGAAAGGAUUUUCCGUGAAUAACGGCGGGCCUUAGGUAUGAUGCAAUGGGUAUGAACGGGCAAUGUAGCUAAUUUAUUCGUCACUUUCGGAUGCAAUAGGCCCUCGCUAUAACGCGGACGGGUGUUAUAUGAUUGAGUAAGUGAGAGAAUUGGGUCGCUUUUUAACAGUAUUCCAGUUUCAUGAAUCCCGGUUCGCCCCGAUUAUGAUUCUAGUUUUGUUAGUGAGUGAGUUGGGUUUAACGCCGCUUUUAACAGUAUUCCAGUAAUAUCACGGC